AUCUCUCUACCUCUCUCUCAGCUUGAAUUUUCAUCUGGUUUUCUCUUUGAUUUGGUGUUCAUUUCUCUUACGCUUUCGCUUUUUGAGAAUAUCUGAGGAAGAUUUGGUGUUUUUCGAGAGAUUUUGGAAGAAUGUUACUCGCGCAAGAGACGUAAUAGAUUUUGUAGUUCUGGAUUUUCGUAUCAGGUGCAUGGGUCAUCACCUGCUGAUGACUCUGAUCAAGAGAGGAUUUGGCAUGUACUCUUGAGUUUCAACUUUCACAGAUGGUGACAACUUCGAUGAUGAUGGGUUUCUUUUAAGCAAAUAAACCAUAUCUCUUUACUUGUCACCAAAAUCCUAAAAGAAGACAUGAGAAGGGUUUACAGGCUCAACUGCAAGUGAUAUAGAGAGGAGAAAAGUGGAAUUGAGAGCUCAUUGAUGGAGUUCUUUGAUCCAGAGGGGAGGUUUAUUCUGCAGUGGAACAAAACUUUUUUGUUAUUUUCUGUGGUAGCACUGUCCUUGGAUCCUUUGUUUUUCUAUAUUCCUGUAGUUGAUGGCACCCAAAAGUGCCUUGAUGUGGACCGCAAGUUGGAGGUUGUUUUGUGUGUUCUUCGUUCUUUUGCCGACAUGUUAUAUGUAUUUCACAUCAUUAUCCAGUUUCGAACUGCGUAUGUUCCUCGUUAUAAUCAUAUCCUUGGAAAGAGAUUGUUCAUAGAUGAACCUCAUUAUGUGGCAAGACGUUACCUAAAAUCGUACUUCGUCAUUGAUGUGUUAGCAUCCUUUCCCCUUCCACAGUUGGCAGUUUUGGUAAUCAUCCCCAACUUAGAUGGUCCAUCUUCAUUACUGACGAAAAACCUUUUGAAGUUCAUUAUCUUUUGUCAAUUUGUCCCUCGAGUUAUUCGGCUUUCUUUGUUCUAUCGGAAGGUGACAAAAAUUUCUGGCUUCCUCACUGAAAAAGCAUGGGCCGGAGCUGCUUUUAACUUUUUUCUCUAUGUGCUAGCUAGCCAUGUAGUUGGAGCCCUUUGGUACUUGUUUGCAAUAGAAAGCGAGCUCAGAUGCUGGAAUAUUGCAUGUCAAAGGCAUAACUAUGACUCCAAGUAUUUAUAUUGUGGAGAAGGCCGUGUGGGAGAUUUUGGGUUCCUGAAAAGUUCAUGCCCUCUUCUUGAACGGAAUGAAAUUAAGGAUUCAGCAAACUUUGAUUUUGGCUUAUUCCUUGACGCUCUUCAAACUCGUGUGUUAGAAACAAGCGACUUCCGCCAGAAAUUUUUGUAUUGUUCAUGGUGGGGUUUGCAGAGUCUAAGUUCUCUUGGUCAAGGCCUUAAGGCAAGCACUUACUAUGGGGAGAUUCUAUUUGCUGACUUUAUUGCUGUCAUUGGGUUGGUUCUAUUUGCUUUGCUUAUUGGCAACAUACAGAAAUACUUGCAGUCGUUUUCAAACCUUACUCUCAGAGUGGAGGAGAUGAAAGAAAAAAGGCGAGAAGCAGAGGAGCUCAUGUCACAUGUUUCCCUCCCUGAGCAGUUGAGGGAGCGAGUUAGAAGACACAAACAGUAUAAAUGGAAGAUAACUAGGGGUGUUGAGUUGAAUUCCUUCGUCAGAGACCUUCCUCGAGAUCUGAGGAGGGACAUAAAACGUCAUCUUUGCUUGUUUUCACUAAGGAGAGUACCUCUUUUUGAGCAAAUGGACGAACAUUUGUUGGAUGCUAUGUGUGAUGGUCUGAAGCCAGUUCUUUACACAGAGACUAGCCGCAUAAUCGUAGAGGGAGAUCCGGUACCUGAAAUGCUCUUCAUUACACGUGGUGAGGUACUAAGUGUAACAACUGAUGGUGGAAGGACUGGCUUCUUCAACUCUAUUACACUCCGGGCUGGUGACUUCUGUGGAGAAGAGCUUCUCACGUGGGCUUUGGAUCCUACAACUCCAAUACUUCCCUUCUCAACUAGAACGGUGCAAGCAGUUACAGAUGUUCAAGCUUUUGCUCUAGAGGCUGAUAAACUGAUGUCCGUGGCAUCCCAGUUUAGGCGUCUCCACAGCAGGAGUCUCCAACAUACUUUUAGAUUCUACUCACAGCAGUGGAGGACAUGGGCAGCCUGCUACAUACAGUCUGUGUGGCGUAGACAUCGUAGAAGGAAGCAGCUAAAAACCUUGAAGGAGCAAGAUAGGAGACUGCAGGAUGCCUUGGCCACCAGCAGGGAAACCUCCACCCUCAGCAUUGGUGCCUCCAUCAAUGUGCUCAGAUUUUCCUCCAAUGCAUUACGUUUCUUGAGGCGGAAACAUAUAUAUAAUGGAGAAAUAUCAACAACUAAGUUUCAGCUCCUGCUCCCGCUGAAGCCAGUCCAGCCUGAUUUUGAUAAUGACACCACAACCUUUACCUCUAGGUCAGACACAGGACCAGAUGGAACCGGUCCAGAGCAGAACCGACCCGUUAACUCAUUUGGACAUCUUUAGCGUGUGUAUGUGUACAUGCAUUGAAAGAAAUAUGUAAUGCACAUUUCGUCAAUGGGAGAAA